GACAUUAAACUGAGGAAAAUGCAGUCUUUGAAGCUUUUAAAGAGAAAUUUAAGGAAGAGUACAUUGAAGAAGCUCUCAGAGAUUAGCAACGAGGCUAUAUCUCUACAGUCACGCGCUGUGAAAGAAGAGAUCUGCGCUUCAGAUAUAUAUAAGAGAUCCACACGCAUAAGCUUAUACCUUAGUAUGCAGUCUUCUGAACUCAGUACAGACGAUCUAGCGAGGCAGAUCAUAGACGACGGAAAGAAGCUAUUUGUACCUUUCAUCCACACAAACGAAGUCCCUACGAUGUCGAUGUUGAACAUACCAACGGUAGAACAAUUGCAGGCGCUCAAGAGGAACAAAUGGGGCAUUCCUGAGCCAGACGCGGCUGACGUUGAUAAGUAUCAGGACGCAUUGUCUUCAGAGUCACCUGGUUUGGAUCUCAUACUUGUACCUGCUGUCGCGUACGACAAGUCAUUCAAUAGGCUGGGUCAUGGUAUGGGUUACUACGAUAGGUUUAUCAAGGCGGCGACCACACAUGCUGAAGGAUACGCGCUUCACCCACCAACAAUCGUCGGUUUAGCCCUUCAAGAGCAGAUACAAACGCAGGAUAGCGUACCAACUGGACCGUUGGAUGAGGUCAUGGACGCGAUAGCAACAUCUGACGGUAUAACCUGGAAUAAACAGCCAGAGUAGCGAAAUACAUGCAUUGCUAGUUAUUCCUUUUAUUCUUGCUUACCCAUUGCUUCAAACCCCGCUUGCUCGCGUAUG